CGUCAAGCAGCGACCGACCGUCGAGCAGCCAUGGCCGCCACGGAGAUGAAGGUGCUGCUGAGCGCCAAGGAGUACGUGCUGGUGGCGCUCACGAUCACGCUCGUGCCCAUCGUGCUGGCCGAGCUCUUCGGCGUGGCGCAGAUGCGCGCCGCCAUCCCCGAGUUCCAGACGAACCCGGACAUGCCGCAUAUCAGCGAGUGGCUCAUCGGCAUCGGCUUCGCGUUCCUCAUCAUCGCGCUGCGCUUCGCCUUCCUGGCGGUGGCCAAGCCCAUCGGCCGCCGCGUGCUGUCCUCGGCCAAGCGAACGCACGAAGACCGCGUCGAGCGCUUCGCCACUGUGCUCUUCAAGCUCACAUGGUUCGCUGUCAUCACCGUGGCUGGAUACUACGUUAUGCGCGACGAGAAGUGGUUCCCGCCGGUGCUUGGAGGCAAGGGUGUGAUCCGCGAAGCCUACUUGAUCCUGCACGAAGCCCCGGGCCUCGCGCUCAAGUACUACUACUUUGUGCAGCUUGGCUACCAUUUCCACAGCCUAUUGUUCAUGCUGCUGUUCUCCCCGAUCCGCAACGACUUCAUCGAGAUGCUGCUGCACCAUUUGGUGACGAUCAUCCUCAUCGGAGGAUCGUACCUUGCCAACUACUGCGCCAUGGGAGCGCUCGUGACCUUCACCCACGACAUCGGCGACGUUACUGGCUACGCCAUCAAGUCGGUGGUGGACACGGGCAACACGCCGCUGAUCGUGGCCAUGUACGUCGUGCUCCUGGUCUCGUGGGGCUACACUCGGCUGUACGUGUAUCCGUUCCACCUGAUCUACAACGCCAUCUUCGUGAUCCCCGAAGCCAACCCGCACGUCGUUGGGAUCUUCCUGCACCCGGGCAACGCGCUGCUCUGCAUGCUGGUUGUGCUGCACGUGUACUGGUACGGCCUGUUCCUCGUCAUGGGCUACACGCUGAUCCGCAAGGGCUUGGCGGAAGAUAUCCAGGACAAGUGCUCGGACGUGGACGACGAGAAAACGCCAGCUCUAGAGACGACUGCGACCGGCUCGAGCAGCAAACCGAAGCACGAGUGA